AUGAACUUUCUUCUCCUCGGGGUACUGUACGAAAGAGUAUGAAAAAAAAGAGAACAGAUGUAGCCAGCCCGAGAUACAACGCAACAACGAUAUGGUAUCCCCAUCCCGCAAGAAAAGAAAAGCAAAGCAAAGCAAAGCAAAGCAAAGCAAAGCAAAGCAAAGCAAAGCAAAGCAAAGCAAAGCAAAGCAAAGCAAAGCAAAGCAAAUGCCCAUUUUCAUACCAUACCAUCAUCCCAACGCCCAGCAAUGCAACGCCACCCACCCAUAA